UGUGGUUUGCCGAUUUGAAUUUUGACGUUUCCGAAAUUCCAAAUCGAAUCCAAACUCCAAAGUUUCUCAAAUCUCAACUUUUAGUAUUUUAAUUUGUAUUUUGAAUCUAAAAAUAAAAUAAUUUGCUUAAAACUUUACCAUAAUGAAUUCGUUAUUUUUAAGUCCUGAACAUGUCCUACAAGGUGGCUACUUUAAUUCGACACUCAGGAAGUUACAAGAACCCAACACGAGCAUUGAACCCCACAAUAUUAUGUAUCCAGUUUUCUUACUGGAAAAUGAGGAAGCCAUGCAAGCAGUGUCAAGCAUGCCGAAUGUGUUUAGAUAUGGAAUCAACAAAUUAAUACCAGCUCUUUCAGAACUCAUAGAAAAGGGCUUAAAAUCCAUACUUAUAUUUGGAAUAGUUGAGACUCUGCCCAAGGAUGCCUCAGGUUCCAGUGCAGAUUCAGCUGAGAACCCAGUAAUAAAAGCUCUGCCGAGACUGAGAGAAACAUUUCCCGAACUGGUAAUAGCAUGUGAUGUGUGUCUGUGCCCUUACACCUCGCACGGCCACUGUGGUCUGCUGGGUGACACUGGUGCUAUAGACCACGCCUCCUCUGUGACGAGGAUAGCUGAAGUUGCAUUGGCUUAUGCUAAAGCAGGAGCAGACAUUGUUGCUCCGUCUGACAUGAUGGACAACAGGAUAAAAGCAAUUAAAGACGCGCUAGUUGCAAACAAACUUCAAAACAGGGUGUCAGUGCUGUCGUACUCGUGCAAGUUCGCGUCGUCGAUGUACGGCCCGUUCCGCGACACGAUGAAGAGCUCCCCGAUGGCGGGCGACAGGAAGUGCUACCAGCUGCCGCCCGGCAGCGCGGGGCUCGCCGCCAGAGCUGCGGCGCGCGACGUGGCGGAGGGCGCGGACUUCCUGAUGGUGAAGCCGGGCCUGCCCUACCUCGACAUCGUGCGCCAGACCAAGGACCGGUACCCGCACCACCCACUGUUUAUUUAUCAGGUGUCGGGUGAGUACGCGAUGAUCAGCCGAUGCGGAGACGACGCGGAGGUGCGCACCACGCUGAUGGAGACCCUCACCUGCAUGCGAAGAGCUGGUGCGGAUUGCAUCAUCACGUACUUCGCGCCGCUUAUUCUAAACAUAAUUGGCAAUAAACAAUAAUAUUAUAAUAAAAUUUUAAAUAAUAAUAAAAUAUAAUUUGUUGCUGGUAAAUUUAAAAAACAGAGAUAUAAUAUCUGGGGACUCUGCAAAAAUUUCGUCACACAUUGAUGUGUGGGAGGGGAGUGAAAAAGUUUGACAUGAUGUCAUGCACUUGACCAAAACACGACGUCAAGCCGUUAGCGCUGCAGGCAUGUGGGCUUAUUGGAUGGUGGGUGGCUAACAUUACAAUGAUAAUGUUGGAUGCUGUAACAAUUACUAUCAAAUGUCACUGAGAUUGAUAACGACGGAUUAAAAUGCUCUUCGUAAUGGGGUGUAACACCACUGAUUUUAUAAAUAAAGACAAAAUAGCUCAAUAUUUUAUAGCUCCACUCAGGACUCGAACCCGGGCGAUCUCUCACUCCAUACUAAAGCCAUACUCAAUGUGUACUGCCAACAAAGAAAUAAAAAAUGUUUAAUACUAGAGUAAUCAAUUAAAUACAUGUAGUUAUUGUAUGUGCUAAGCUGGUUCUCACUUUCCCAAAAGACAAGAAUUUAUAUUAUAUUUGUAUACAUUAGGUAGGUUUAUAUGAAUUGGGUGCCUGACAUUGUUUAAUUUUGUAAGUAAAUAAAUGAAAUGUGUAAUACGGUCUCAUAAGUACAUGUACUGUUGUAAGUUUAAUGUUGAUUUUUAAUAAAUUAUUAUUUUUAUCUGCUCA